GUCUUUUUGAGCAUAAUCCGAAAUCUUCGCAGGUAAACGAGCUGUCUGGGUGCCAUCACACAAGAAAGUAAUCAGGAGCCGGCUGACUUGUGUGACGUACACGAGAGAGACGCACACUGAUCAUCGGAAUCAUUCAAUGGAAGUGGACAAUGUCGAGUGUCUCAGAAGGAAAAUCAAAUAUUACUUCAUGAACCCUUGUGAAAAGUACCAUGCUCGUGGAAGGAAACCAUGGAAACUUAUUCUGCAGAUCAUCAAAAUUGCCAUUAUCACGGUCCAAUUGGUGUCGUUUGGGCUGAGCAACCAGAUGGUUGUAACUUUUAAGGAAGAAAACCUGAUGACAUUUCAGCACCUCUUCUUGAAGAAUUAUGUUGACGGGACCAUUGAAACAUACGCCAUUUACAGACAAGAAGAUGUUUAUGAUCACAUAAAAUAUGUAAUCGAACAGUACGGACGACUGCACAACACCACAGUCGGAAACCAUGAAUAUGAGAAAACUGGCUCUGUCUACACACCCUUGUCACUGUGUCAGGAGUUCUAUAGGAAUGGCACCAUUUACCCCGGCAAUGACACUUUUGAAAUUGAUGCUCAUGUGGAACGUGAUUGCAUUGACAUCUAUCCAAUGACUCAGUCGUCAUCACAAGACAUGCUCCCGCAUUUUGAGUUGCACUUUAAAAGAUUGCUCUCCAUCAAGAUUUCAUUUGUCCUGAAAGCCAUCAAUUUACAGACAGUCAGACACAGAGAGCUGCCAGACUGCUAUGACUUCAACAUCCUUAUCACUUUCAACAAUGGAGCGCACAGCGGCAGGAUAAAGGUGGACCUCGAAAACGAUGUGGAGAUCAAGGAAUGCAGAGACUGGAAAGUAACCGGAGCUUCCGCCAAAAGCAUAUACCUGACCCUGGUGUUUGACUGCCUCAUCAUCUUAACAUGCAUGAUUUCCUUCACUCUUUGCCUACGCUCAGUGUUCACUGGGAUACAACUUCAGUUUGAGUACACACUCUUCUGCAAGAACCAGAAUGGUAAAGACGUCCCAUGGUCUGACAGGCUGGAGUUCAUUAAUGGCUGGUACAUCCUGAUCAUUGCCAGUGACUUGUUAACCAUCACUGGCUCCAUUCUCAAGAUUGAUAUUCAAACUAAAGUCCUGACUACCUAUGAUGUGUGCAGUAUCUUCCUGGGUAUAGGCACCAUGUUUGUUUGGAUCGGGGUCAUCCGCUACAUGGGCUACUUUCGCAAGUACAAUAUCCUCAUCCUGACACUCAGGGCAGCUUUCCCAAAUGUUAUCCGUUUCAUCUGCUGUGCUGGAAUCAUCUACCUGAGUUACUGCUUUUGUGGAUGGAUCGUCCUUGGCCCAUAUCACGAAAAGUUCAGGACCUUGAACACAGUCUCCGAGUGUCUAUUUUCCCUGAUCAAUGGAGAUGACAUGUUUCCCACCUUUAAAAACAUGAAACAGAAGAGCAACCUGAUUUGGAUUUUCAGCAGAGUCUACCUCUAUAGCUUUGUCUCGCUUUUCAUCUACAUGAUCCUCAGUCUAUUCAUCACUAUCAUCACAGACACCUAUGACACCAUCAAGCAACAGCAGCAGACUGGGAGACCUACGACAGAACUCCAGCAAUUCCUAUCAGUGUGUGAAGACCCCCCAAACUCUGGAGUAUACAGGCUUGACAAGAACAGCUGUUUCUUGCAAAGCUGCAUAAAAAAGUGCAGAGAGCGACAUGAGAGGUUGACGUCAGAUGAAUAGCGCAUCUACGUUACUGAAGCUUGAGUGUGGAAUUGCACUUUUUUUUUGGUUUUAAGUCUGACAAUCAGCUGGGAGAGAACAACCGUUUUCAAAGUACAAAUGUGUUUGUUUUGUUUGCAUGAUGAAUGAAAGUGCACAGAAAACUAAUUUAUGCUGUACAGGAAAGGGGCAGCACAGUGCUCGACUGGUAAGCGCGUCGGACUCACAGUGCAGUGGUGCAGAGUUCGAUUUCGGACUUCCUGUGUGGACUUUGUAUGUUUUCCCCGUACCUGCAUGGCUUUUCUCCGGGUACUCCGGUUUCCUCCCACAUUUCAAAAACAUGCAUCGCAGGUUAAUGGAACACUGUAAAUUGUACCUAGGCGUGAUUGUGAGCACAAAUAGUUGUUCGUCUACGUGUGUCCUGCAAUUGGCUGGCAACCAGUUCAGGGUGUACCCCACCUACUGCCCGAGCAUGCUCACGACCCAUGUGAGGAUAAGCCGAGUAGAAAAUGGCUGGAUGGAUUUACAGCAAAGAUUUGUGUAAAAAGAAGAGAUAUUUCACUUUUUGUUUGUGAGUGUGUGUGUGUGUGUGUGUGUGUGUGUGUGUGUGUGUGUGUGUGUGUGUGUGUGUGUGUGUGUGUAAACUUGGUGUUCGUACAAGGAAAAAUAAUCCACUCUCAAAUCUGAGAUCUGUUUCUGACAUUUCACUUUGAAUUAAGGUUUUGCCCUUCAGGAAUCAUCGGUGAAUACAUAAGAAUAAAAUGAUUUUAUUAUUUU